GCUAACAUAACAUUUAUAUAUCUUAAGAUCCAAAUGCACAGAUUCUGAUCUAAAAUUUCAAAGACAAUUUAAUAAUAAUUUGCAGGUCAGUAACAAUAAAAAGCAAACAAAUCAAAUCCAUCAAAAAUCUUGAAUACUUGAGUAGCAACAAGCCCACACAUGUGAACUAUGUCGCAGAGCAAAAGCGCACCGCAUUUGUCCGCAAUCUCCAUGAACCUUUUGUAGUCCAAGUCUCUGGUAUAAGCACUUCCUCCACAGAUGUGCAAUUUAGGCCAGAAUCCAUGGCCUUCCCCCACCAACCUAUCGUAAUCAAUGUACCCCGUCCUUGAAUUCCACCUUAUAAGGCAAGCUCGAAGUAAUUCGAUGUGGCACUGAAUUUCUUCCCAUCAGAAGUAUAAUACCCGUGUGUCAAAUGCACCUAGAAGGCAAAUCAAGACCCAUGAUCCUGUCACAAGGGGUUAAGAAUUGCCAUGCAGACAACAAAAUUCACUGGACAGCCACUAUAGGGCCGCACAUUGACACUCCACUUUAUGGGAUCAUGCAGUAGGCCUAGAGAGCAUGGGAAUGGGUGAGAUUUUCGAUCUUGUUGAUGUAUUCGUUUUCUCAAAGAAUGCCCUUGAUGCACUUACUAGUGAGUGCGCUGCCAAGAGCCUCAAUGACAGCGAGGGUAUUGACAGUUUUUUGACUAUCAAAGAUAUGCAGGGCUACCACAAUCUCUCUCGCUAAUCUCAUACACGUGCAGUUCUUGAAUCUUAGCAGAAACCCAGUAAAAAAGGAGGUAAAAAACAAGGAUCAUACAGAGAUAAAAUUAAAUUAAUUACAGGAUCUUGAACCUGCUGGUGAAUUGGUAUGGCUCUUGCAUGAGAAUGAUAUUCUGGUGGCAGAUAAUCAGCGGAGAAGAAAUUCGAAUACUCAGCUAUCGCAAGAACUUGAGGCACUUAGUGAGUCCCUCUACCAGUCGCACAUUUCAGCUAUUGUCCGAGGAACUACCUCUCUUGUAUUUCCAAGAAGUGUGAUCCCGCCUAUCUCCUCCACCGAUGAAAUUGAAACGGAAAAAUUUGAGAGGCUAAACCGAAAACCAAGAUCGAGGCACAUGUCCCUGUCCCCUCCGCGUUCUCUGCCAAAGCUUGAUGAGGAAGAAGAGCAGAGAGAGCGAAGUACGGUUUCAACUAAGAUAGAGACAAAGAAGUUGGUUGAUGAAUCAGCUACAUCAGAGAAGAAAGGAAUAUGGAAAUGGAAGCCAAUUAGAGUACUCUUCCAUAUUGGUAUGCAGAAGCUUAGUUAUUUGUUCUCAGUAGAAGUUGUCACAGUUCAUGAUCUUCCAGCUUCUAUGAAUGGCCUUUGCUUAUCUGUUUGUGUUAGGGAGAAAGAAAGCAAGGACGGAGCAGUUCAGACAAUGCCAUCAAGGGUUUCUCAAAGAGAAGCUGGUUUUGAAGAGACGUUCAUAAGGUGCCGUGUUUACUUCACCCCAGAAAGUGGAAAGCGCAUAAGUUCGAACCACAUCCAUUUCUAUAUAUAUAUGAUUGCAGUUGAUGCUGAAGAACUUGAUUUUGGAAGAAGUUCUACAGAUUUAAGUCACUUAAUUCAGGAAUCCAUUGAGAAGAGCUUUGAAGGUGCAAGAAUUCAACAAUGGGAUACAGCCUUCAAUCUCUCACCUAAGGCUAAGGGGGAUGAACUUGUUCUGAAAUUGGAGUUCCAGAUUAUGGAGAAAGAUGGAGGUAUUGGAUUUUAUAAUCAGUCUGACAGCCAGAAGUCGGGUAAAAAUAGGAAUAACUCACCUUCUGUUGCUCGAAGACACUCAAAAUCAUCCUUUAGUGUUCCAAGUCCAAGACCGACUAGCCGAGCAGAAGCUUGGACUCCUUCACAAAGAGUCACAUCAGAUAUUUAAGGAAUUGUUGAUCUGAAUCUUGGUGAACUGGCUCCAGCACCUUCAACUUCCCAGCUCCUGUAGUAGAAGACCGAGGAAGAAAAGGCGAAAAUGGAGAACCUCGAUCUCCCAGACUUUGAAGUGGUGGAUAAAGGAGUUGAAAUCCAAGAUGAAGAUGAAGAUGAAGAUGAAGAUGAAGGAAAAACAGCAGAAAACUCUGAUAAAAGAUCCAUCUCAAGCGAGGUUGUCAAGGAAAUUGUUCACAAUCAAUUCCACCUGACAAGAUUGACAGAGCUUGAUUCAAAUGCUCAGCAGAUAAAAGCUCUUGAAUCCAUGAUGGGGGAGGAAAAAGCAGACAAAACAGAUGAAGAAACGGCAUCCCAAAUAUCAGAUGCAGACGAAGAAAUCAUAACUAGAGAAUUUCUACAAAUGCUGGAGGGCGUUGAAGCUAGUAAGUUCAAGAUUGAUCCUGAAAUCCUUACUCCAAAGGUGGAAAGCAAUGAAAAUAAAGAAGACCGAGUCCACAUCUUCCUACCAGAUCUCGGGAAUGGAUUGGGCUGCCUAAUCCAAACACUUAAUGGAGGGCAAUCGGCAGCUAUGAAUCCUCUGGAUACUGCAAUUGCACAGAAAGACAAACCAAAACUCGCAAUGCAGUUGUCCAAGCCAUUCAUUCUCCAAUCAUAUAAGAACAGAUUUAAGUUAUUCCAGGAGAUGGCAGCUAUUGGCCUUGAAGAACUUAGUUCUCAGAUCUUAUCAUUGAUGCCAUUGGAUGAACUCAUUGGUAAAACAUCAGAGAAGAUAGGUUUUGAAGGCAUUGCUUCAGCAAUUAUCCAUGGAAGGAACAAAGAAAGUGCUGCUCGCACUUUUACUGCUGUAAAAUCCAUGGUAACUGCAAUGAACAGCGGUAGAGAGGAAAGAAUUUCAACCAGAAUAUGGAAUGUGAGUGAAGCCCCUCUGACAAUUGAUGACAUUUUGGCUUUCUCAAUGCAAAAGAUUGAAGUUAUGGCAAUAGACGCUCUAAAAAUUCAGACUGGUAAGGCUGAAGAAGAUGCCCCAUUUGAUGUAUCUCCAAUUGAUGCGAAAACCAUUGGAGUUAAUGUAAAAGUAUAUAAUCACCCAUUGGCUUCAGCAGUUCCCACUGAGGAUCGGAUAAGGGUUAGCAGCACAAAAUGUCCUGAUGAUGCUUCAGACCCACCAGCUUUAACAUUGUCAGUGGUUGUCCAACUAUGCAAUGCAAUGAGGCAGUACGAGGCUGUUUGUGGCCCUAUCGUAGCAUUGAUUCAUGCAAUGCAGUUUACGAUAAGACUGAUAGUUACGAUGAGGAGACAAAAUAUGAAGUAUCAAGUUUACGUGUUAGGGGCUUAAGAGUGAGAACUCCAGGAAGAAAAAAAUGUAUGGGACACUGAAAAGCAA